AGGACGAAAAGCACAAUGCCGCACAGCCUCUCAUGUCGGGGCCGCUCUUUCUCUCUUCCGGAGGCGGUCAGGACGGGGUUUUCAGCUGCUGGAAGCGUCUCGGAAGGCAGCAAGGGAGUCUCGCAGAGCAAACCCCGGCUGCCCACAGACCCCAUAAAGCCCACAGACCCCACAGCACACAGAGGCCCCAAUGGCGGCCGCUGCCCGCCCCGCCUUCCCGGCGCCGAACCAACCGCCAGGCGGCAGAUGGCGGCUAAGGGCCUCCCCGCCCCGGCUGUGCCUGCGGGGGAAGCCGUUCCCCGAGCUUCGGAGGGGGGUCAUGGAGCGUGUGUUCACGCCGCUGGACUGCCUCCUGCCCGCCGGAAACCUGAAGUUUUGCCUUCUGAUUCUGAACCAGCCUUUCAACAAAGGUCAUUUUCAUUGUCUGUGGAGCAAAGCUUCUUGCCUGAUUACAUCAGUGGUGACUUUGAUUCCAUUCAGCCUGAAGUCAAGGAGUACUACAAGGCCAAGGGAUGUGAGUUAAUUGAGACCAUGGAUCAAGAUUUCACAGACUUCACCAAGUGCCUUCAGAUACUCCAGAGAAAGAUAGAGGAGAAGGGCCUGCAGAUCGAUAUGAUUGUGACUUUGGGUGGACUUGGAGGACGCUUUGACCAAAUAAUGGCAUCAGUGGAAACACUUUUUCAUGCAACAAAUAUCACUCCUUUUCCAGUGAUAGUUAUCCAGGAGUGCUCACUGAUUUACCUCCUUCAACCUGGCAAGCACGAGCUGCGAGUGGACACAGGACUGGAAGGUGCCUGGUGCGGCCUCAUCCCCAUCGGGAACCCCUGUGACAGUGUCACCACCACCGGCCUCAGGUGGAACCUCACUAAUCAGGUGCUGAAGUUUGGAACCCUUGUAAGUACUUCCAACACCUACGACAACUCUGGGAUUGUGACCAUUGAGACAGACAAGCCUUUGCUGUGGACAAUGGCUAUCAAAACAUAAGAUGGAACUACAGCUGCCUUUUCUGAUCCAACUCACAUUUCUGCAAAAUUUCAGAUUUCUUUGAAUGAAGACAAUAAAACUGUUCCUACAGGAAUAAGCACACACUGAUUUUAUGUACUGAAUGGAAAACAGGCCUGAAAUAAAAGUCACGACCAAAUCGAGAUGAGUAACUGAGUACUUCAUUCCAGUACCUCACUGCUCAAUCAGAAGACGUGCUGCCACCCCAUAUGACUGCAAACAAAAGUGGAUGCAAAGAACUGCUAAUUUGUUAGUUUGGAUAUUUUUACAGUGUAUUCUAUCCCAAUAUUAAAGUAUUUUCCCCCAUUACCAAAAUUAAAUACGCUAAACAAACUUCAUUAUGAAAAAGUGAUAGCAUGAAGUGUAAUUUCAAAUACUUUUCUUUCCCUAUUUCUAACAAACAUAGGUGCUGGUGAAAAUUACUCAGUAAGAGUAGUAGUUGAAACUUUCUACCUGUAAGGCGUGUCCACUGAAGCAGCUUUGGUUUUGCUGCAAUACCAAUAUUGGAUUUCACAAUUAUUAACUGAUUUUAAGAUCUGUAACACGAAACAGCACUGUAACUUCUACAAUUACCAAAUACUUACAGCAAGGUUUUUGGAGUGAAAUACAUGUUUCUUGCUCUCAA